AUGUUCACUCACGCCCCCCUCAAUGAAAGUCGCCGAGAAAUCAGGCUCGUCAGAAUCCGCCCCCCGCCCAACGAACAAGUCAGCGCCAAGAAGACGAUCGCACUCGAAAUCAAACACGCCUCGCUAGACGAGCCGGGACUGUCAUACGCGGCACUCUCGUACGUGUGGGGGAUCGCCACUGACACAACGUCGAUUGAGAUCGAAGGUGCCUCUUUCAGUGUCACCUCGAACCUUCAUGCCGCGCUCCAGCAACUGCAAAUAAACUCGGUCGACUCCUGGCUCUGGAUAGACGCGCUCUGCAUUGAGCAGGCUAACCUAGAGGAGAAAAACUGGCAGAUCGGUACUAUGCGGGAUAUCUUCAGCGGCGCCGACAUGGUCUACGUGUGGUUGGGCCCCGGAACCGAAAACAGUGAUUUAGCUAUGGACUUUAUUUCCCGGACUGGAACCACACUCAAUAAGUACGACGCUGUAGACUUGAGGUCGAAAUUCAGGGAUAAUCAAGAGGUCAAGUUAUACAUCCAAGAGCGCUUCUCUACCCAGGGCGAGGCAAUCAAUCCUACCGAGCUGGCCGUAUACGACAUCUUCUGUGACUUUUUCGGACACCGUUCACGAGGAAUAAGCGAGGCGAUUCGUGAUCUCCUUGACCGAGAGUACUGGCAACGCAUCUGGAUCAUUCAAGAAGUAGUACUCGCGCGGAGCGCCUCUGUUGUAGUUGCUGGCAAUAGAAGCGUCUUGUUGGAUAUUUUCGACGCUGCUCUCAGGAUAUUGUGGGAUCAUCGGGGUGCAGUCCAUCUCGACCAUCCAUCCUGGACCAGGUUUACUUUACCGAUAUCAGGAGCGCUCAGAGGAUUGAAGUCUCUGGGAGUGCGAUACCAACGUCGACGAGGUGUUCGCGUAAGGCUGGAGAACAUCUUAUGGGAGCUGACCGUCGCCCCGGAGCGGCCUCAUUACUCUGCCACGGACCCGAGAGAUAUUCUUUUCGGAUUACUUGGCAUACUCGAAGAAAACGAGAAACAAAGCUCCCGAGUAGACUACUCGCUUUCCAAGGAGGAUGUAUUUGUCAAUAUCACAACCACUAUACUUGAUUCUCCUGGUGGCGGGUCCUCCCGCUUUCGUCUCGAUUCCACAGUCCCAGGAGACCGAAAUGGGACGCUCCCAACAUGGGUGCCAGACUGGCAAGUCAUUGGCCAAUAUGGUGUGUCCACAUGGCCGAUCAGCUACAGCCAUGAAUUUGAAGCAGCCGCACAGAGAAAGCAGCGACGGAAAGCUUCUGACUGUCUGGUAAUACAAGACGGCAGAACUAGCAUACUCCAGGAAGGAUGUUACGUCGAUAAAGUCACGGAAGUGAUGGCUCCUCCCGUAUGGGAGCAGGUCGAUGUCUACACUGCGCCCACGUUGAAAAGGCCCGAUGACUGGUUCCUUUCGGUUAUUGAAUUCGCCGGUCUUGGGCCGGAGCCUGACCCUGAAGAAGACCACAUUUGGCGUAUACUAAGGCGCGCCGAUUACCGGAAGAUCAAGGACAAUCAUCGCUACACGAUCACUGCGGAAGUCACCGACCUUUGGCGGAGAAUCAUGCGAGUCCAGUCUCUAGAUGCGGCGACGUUGACCACAGAAGAGACGGUGUUCAUUAUUGCAGACACUCGAAGCCGCAACCCCUCGAGAUCCCAUGAAUACAUCAGUGUAACUGACGAGGUUCUAAGCUGGUUUGCGCAAGAUGCGCGAAGAUAUUUGGGCGCGAUCAACAGGAAUCGCACGCUCUUCAAGACUGCAAAAGGGAGGGUUGGUCUCGGGCACGUUGGAGUCGAGGUAGACGAUGUGGUGACGCUGAUUUGGGGGGCAUCUUGUCCCAUUGUCUUGAAGGAACGGUCUGAAGGGCACUUUUACUUCGGGGGGGACGCAUACCUAGACGGCAUGAUGUUCGGUGAAUUCCUUGAGACUGAGCCCGCAGAGGUGGAGUUUAGGAUAUUUUGA